AAAAAUUUUGUUUACAAAAUGUUGGUAAAGUAAGUACAGAGUUGGUUGUCGUUAUUGUACAAAUUUUGACUCAUCCAAGAUUACCUUAUACUAGGAGUUAUUUGUCAGGUGAUUUUAGUCAUUUCAACUUAGUGAAAAGUUAACAUGAACGGCACUAGAAUAAAGUCUGAAGUCAAGACCUCUGCUUCCCAUGAUGAGUCACACGGAGUAACGGGGUCCUCCAACCAGACGUUGACUUGGAGUUACGCCAACUGCGGAACGUUCCAAACUGGGAGCCAAGUGCAGCCUCCCGUGGAUCAGUUCGCCGGACGUGGAGGAGGUGGUGGCCUUACGAACCUCAUUGUCAACUACCUACCGGGGGACCUGAUGGAGACGGAGCUGCGACAGAUGUUUUCCAAGUACGGGGAGAUCCGCAAGCACAAGGUCAUCCGCGAUCCCAGAACGGGCAGGAGCUGCUAUGGGUUCGUGGAGUUCGUGUCCGCCCGCCAGGCGGCGGCUGCCCAGAUCUGCCUGGAUGGCCACGAGGUGCGCGGCAGGCGCCUGAAGGUGUCCUACGCACGUUCCACCGAUGAUCAGGUCAGGAUCUCCAACCUGUAUGUGUCGCACCUGCCGUCGCACAUGGACGAGCAGAAGGUGCGCGAACUCUUCUCCAGGUACGGGCCCAUCCUGGACGUGAAUGUGCUGCGCUACAAGUUCACCAGGAAGCCCCGUGGCGUGGCCUUUGUGCGAUACGAGAGCCAUCGUGACGCCGAGACGGCCAAGUAUAGCAUGGACGGGUAUCUCUUCAAGGACGCUGUCCGUCCCAUCACGGUCAGGUUCGUGGAUCGCCCGAAAAAGAAGCAGAAUCAGUCCCAGUUCCACAAGCAGGGCAAUUCUCAGCAGCCGAACUUCAAGCGCCGCCAGGAAAUGGGGAAUCAGCAGAAUGCCAAGCGUCCACGCGGUUAUGGCUCAUUUAGAUCCGAUUUUACGUAAUCCAAAACUUCAAUGUAGUGGAAUUGUUUUUCUUUGCCGGAUUUUACAAAAAUAUGUACUUCUAUUUUGUUAUGGGUUAGACAACCUACGCUAUUCUAUUACAUUUAUAGAAUUUAACCAUUUUGUCAACCAGCAAAUUCACAACUUAUAAGUAAUGUUCAUUGAUAUCAACAUCUAAAGUCCCCAGUUCAUGUACAAGUUGUAAUUUGUAACAUAAA